UCGAGCCGUGUUAACAUUUCUCUCCGCGUCUCUCCGCGCUUCGCAUCAUCCUCGGCCUGGGUACCAAUAAAGAGUCGGCGACCGGUACCCCCGUUAGUAUUCGCGUGUUACUCGCGAUACGUGUUGCAAGUGGGGCUGCAAUUUCGUCUGUCGGUUAUUCGGAGCAAACAGCGUAAAGACAAGCUCCAAAACCAGCUUCCGAACGGAGUAACCAGUCUGUAUGACAUUCGACGCAAAGUACAUACUCGCAAUCAGACAGUACGACGCAAUAUUGCAAAACUGAACUUGACCUAUAUCUAGGAGACAUUGAAGCGGCUUAACGUGGAAGGAGUAAAUCAGAAGAAAAUUAAGAGAAUUGCAAACUUGAAGAUUUCACGGGGAUUUUGUCACGCUCUGUCAGAGAUACUUCAUUAAGGCAUGACGCAAGCAUGGUUGCUAGUCGGUUUUUUGACAUUGAGUGGCGGUCAGAUUAUUUAUCCGGAUCAAUAUGAAAUGAUGAAAAUAUCAACAGUUUCGCCUUAUGCUUAUACUAAUGGAGUACGUGCCUCAGGAAUACCCGCUGAACGUCCCGCGUUGCAAGCAGGUAGCAAUAGUCAGCCUGUUCAAGUUGAUCAACAAUUCAAUCAGCAAUCUGCUUCGAAAAUCAGCGAUGUGGGACCACCGGCAGUGCGUCCAUUAUAUCCUUCGACCACCCCGGUAUCUUUUCAACCAUCAAUACCGACUACUACUCCGGAACCUGUGUUGGCAGAUUGGAAUAAUCACGUGAACAAUAUAAUAUCCAGAGGAAUAAUGAAAUUCUCUUUGGAUUUGGACAAAGCGAUUUAUAAUACCAGAGGCACAUCGGUGGCUAGUCAUCGCGAGAACGUGAUCUUUUCGCCUCUCAGCAUAAGCGUUGCCUUAUUGUUAGUUCUUCUAGGUUCUGCAGGGAGAACUUUCGAUGAAGUUUCACGAGUGCUCGGCUUAGAGGCCGGUGUUGACAUAUCUCAAAACUCGGAAGUCGUUCACCAGAUGUUCGGCUUACUGCUGUCCACUGUGAAUUAUAGAGUCGAAGGUAGCAAUGGACCACGUGUGAAUUCCGCCAGUGGUAUCUUUGUUCAGAACGGAUAUCCGAUUCGUCCCGAAUUCAACGCGAUUAGCGGCAGAGUGUACAACAGUGAAGUGAUAAAUCUAGAUUUUCAAAGAAACGGCAGAGAAGCACGUGAAACAAUCAAUAAUUGGGUAAAACAACGAACGAUGGGAAAGAUAUCCAGUAUAUUGAACGAUACACCAAAUCCAAUGACCAGCGUAAUUCUCUUAUCAGCGCUCUACUUCAACGGAGAGUGGCAUCAGCAUUUCUUAGAGGGUCAAACAAGAAGAAAACAAUUUUUCAUCGAACCGAAUGAUGUAAUCAAUGUGGAUAUGAUGUAUAAUGGUGGUAAUUUCCCCUUUUAUGAGGACAAGACUGUGGGCGUUAAAAUACUGGCUUUACCCUACAAAGGUUUAGAGAUGUCUAUGUAUGUGCUUCUGCCGAAACUAGAAGGAGCUACUGCCUUGAAGAACUUUCGAGAGCAAUUAACGGCCGAAACUAUCGAGUAUUUAAUAAGUAAUCUCAAGAAUCAGACUUGUAUCAUUGGCCUGCCACGCAUGAAACUCUCGAGUACCUUGAGCUUAAACGGAGCGCUUCAAAACUUAGGUCUGCACUCAUUGUUUGAUCCGAAAUCCGCGGAUUUGAGUCUCUUAUCAGGUGGAUACGGUCAGGCAAUUCCGGCAAGUUCGGCAGCUGCGACGCAACAGUCAGUACCGGUGUCACCCUCGCCGAUUCCGCAAAUAUUACCACAACCAUUACCGCAAGCAUUAUCUCAAGUUUCCUCUGAGAGAUCGUCAAGUAGCAGAUCCAAUGACUACCUGAUCUUCUCGCGAAGUGGUGGAGAUAACAAUAACCAGAAUGUGGCCAACGGCGUGAGAAGAAACUACUUCAGGUACGAUGAUAAGCGAAGCGGCGUUAGCGUAGAGCAGUGGGAUACAGGUUUUUACAUUCGCACAAUUCGUAGAACACGUCGCAACGUUGUGGAUAGAAGACAGCGUGACGAUGCCAUAUUAUCGCGAGGGGCAUAUGUCACAGAGAACGAUAAUCCUGGAAAAAUUAAACCGGAACUUAACGAUGAGAAUACGAAAUACGUCAGCUUGGAGGAGAAUAAGUAUCGUUUCCGACAUGUCGAAAAGGAGACCAAGACGAAAAACAGAACAAAACGACAGAGCCGACCCAUGGAUGAGAGUUUUCUGAGAUUUCUUCAAAGUAAGAAUUUCUCGUCUUAUGGCCUGGAUAAUCUCCGAAACAGUGCGAAUCUCGUGAAUCCGGGUUUGUUCGCCGAUGAAGUGCUGCACAAGGUGGAGAUGGAUGUGACGGAGAAAGGAACAGAGGCCGCAGCGGCGACUGGAGUAAUUCUGGAGCGAGAUGGCAAUCAAAAGAGGCUGGUGGCUAAUCGACCCUUCCUCUUCUUUAUCAGGCAUGAUUCCACGAAGCUCAUUCUUUUCUGGGGAACCGUCAACACACCGACUCCGAAUUACGCCGUUGUUAGAUGAGAUGAGCUGUGAACGAUUUUUCUAGAUAUAGAGUUUGCUUUUCUCGGAUAAUUCGUACGCGUAUUAAUAUUUUUUGUAUAUUUAUAUACUUGUCUCUCGAUUCAAACAAAUAUGAUUGUCUUUUUUUUUAAAUUACAUUUUACAUCAUUAUAAUAUGAUUUCCAUACAACUCAACGCGAUAGCAUCGAGUAUAGCGUUGCAAUUGUUCUAUUUUAUUUUUUAUUUUUUUAUUCUGCGUUUGUAAUGCGCCCCUCGCUUUGUAUGCCAAUUGAGAUGUAUAAGCAUACUCUCUUACAUGACAUAAGUAUAGUUCAGUUUUGAUAUGAUUUACAAAUGAUAAAAACUAUCUUAUUGUAGAGUGAUAUCAUUAUUUGACGAAAUUAAAUAUAAUUGCACUAAUUUAUUUACUAUUAUAUUUAGUAAUUUCUCUUACACGAAUAAGCUGAUACUUUAUGCUUAUAAUAUUUGAAACUUGUCCGAAAUAUUUGUGACAUGUAACGUUCGUGAUUAGUCAGCCUGUAUUGUUAUUUAGGCAUAAGCCGUUGCAGUCGUGUCCUACAAGUAGUCGUGUAUUGUUGUUCGCCGCCUCGCGUCGGUUCGAAAUCGGGGCUUACCAACGGUUCCCCAUAAUCCAGCUCGUGCAAAGAUAAUCCGUUACGCAAUACUAUCAGGCGAUUGUUGCAUCGUGUUAAUUAUUAAUGAUCUUAAUCAUUAGGUUAUUCUUGGUAUAAACUUAUUAUUAUAUCGCCUGUUCGAAUUGACAGUCAUGUUUAACAAUGUUGGGCAGAAAAAUCCUACUAAUCAAACGAUACCUGAUUUUAGCUUCAUGAACAUUAAUAAUUUUUGGCAAUGGCCUCAUUACGUUCACGAACCUCCAUACGUUAUAUCACCAUAUGAUGUGAGAUCUCAGAUAUGGGUACGCAAUGGCUCACUACCACCAAACUUACCGUUUCCAUUUCCUAAUAGUAAGUACAUACAUAGAUUAAUUAUUGUGCGAUUAAUCAUUUAUUUUGCAAUAGUUGUAAUUGUUUUAUGGCAAUUGUGUUUUAUUCGUUUCACAAGGAAUAAACCUUUAAUUUUGUAAAACAA